AUGAUGUGGACAGUCUUCAGCCUGGUUCUUGUCAGCUCCCUUUUUGUACUCAAAAGCGAAGCGCUGCAGUGUUACACCUGUGUAGGUUCUAGUGAUGAAGACUGUAACAGACAAGGAACUCAGCAAUGCCCCGGGCAUUCAGAUGCGUGUGCGGUCAUUAGAGGACAAGCAAGUGGGGUUAUGAAGUCCUGUUCAUUCAGGUCCUUCUGCGAGCGGGCAAGGAGGGACGGAUCCAGAGCGCCCGGAGUGAGCGUUCACUGCUGCUACUCAAACAACUGCAAUGCAAAAAGCCUGGCUUCAAGAGUCACCACCUCCGCAAGCUACUUCUCUGUCCUCGUCUUUACAUUGCUGUGGCACCCGUUGUUGAAGCUGACAUGA